UAUAUCUACAAUAUAGUACUAGAUAUCGAUAUAUCUAUCAAUAUAUAUAUACACAAACCUCAAUUUUGUCGUCAAUUUUAAAGAAGACUUCACGACAUUUCUGAAGACUCAUUCAAGAGCGCGAUCAGAGACUGCAUUUUCAGGAACAUUUUCCAAGGAUAAUAAUGGCAGACCACCUUGUUUUGUGUGUUGAUCGUCUUAUCACACCUGAAUCAUUGCAAUCACUGCAAGGGGCUGAGGGCACUGGAUCGUCUGGAGUGGGUACUUGCACUCACAUGGCUGAUCCGUCCACUUCUGGCAUUGCCAUUAAGGAGGUGAGGGAACGUGAUGUAGCUGACGAAGAGGAACCACUAAUCGAGUCAGUGGAAUGCCGCAUUUGCCAGGAGGAAGACAGCAUGAGAAACAUGGAGAUCCCUUGUGCUUGUAGUGGCAGCUUGAAGUAUGCUCAUAGGAAAUGUGUUCAGCGCUGGUGCAAUGAGAAAGGAGAUAUAACUUGUGAGAUCUGUCACCAGCCUUAUCAACCUGGUUAUACUGCCCCACCACCUGCCCCUCACUCUGAAGAUACUACAAUUGAUAUCAGUGGAGGUUGGACAAUCUCUGGUACUCCUCUGGACUUGCAUGAUCCUCGACUUUUGGCUAUGGCAGCGGCAGAGCGCCGUCUUUUGGAAGCUGAGUAUGAUGAAUAUGCUGAUACGAAUGCCAGUGGAGCUGCAUUUUGCCGCUCUGCAGUCCUAAUUUUAAUGGCUCUUCUACUAUUGAGGCAUGCUCUAACCAUCGAUAAUGGUGAUGGAGAUGAUGAUGAUGCUUCCACUUUCUUCUCUCUAUUCUUGCUACGGGCUGCUGGUUUUCUUCUUCCAUGCUACAUUAUGGCUUGGGCUAUCAGUAUAUUGCAGCGCCGAAGGCAAAGACAGGAGGCAGCAGCGUUGGCAGCAACUGAAGUUGCAUUUAUGCUACAGGCAGGGCAACAUAGGGGCUUGCAGUUCACAAUAGCACCAGGACCCGCCUUAGUACCAGUACCCGUAGAAGCACCACAACCUUCUGUAGCACCAGCACCAGGACCUGUAGUAGUACCCGUACCUGCAAUGACCCCCCAUCAGGAGCCACCGCGUCAAUAGUAUAUGGUUUUUCUCUACUCUGGUAAGUGUCGCGAUAUGUGAACAGAAUAAAUUACAUUUGGAUCUUCGAAUGUAUUGUUAAAACUCAUACAACAAGCAAUGAGAAAAUUGAAAAGCUGUGUAAUUGUAUGUCAACUUGUAUCUUUGCUCGGCCUCGUCUUUGAAAACCCUAGAGGCUCACAUUCUCUUUCUUAAUUCUCCCAUGUUUGUACAUAAAUGUAUUGGAACCAUAUUAUUACUGCUGCAGAAACUUGUGUUUAUGUUAUUGAUUAUGAUGAGAUAUGAAAAUCACUGACAAGCGACGAGAUUUGUGUA